AGAAUUUAUGAUUCAGCAUAAAUUCGGUUAUUAGUGUAAGCUAUGUAUGUCAUUGGCCGUUCUACUUUUUGUCUAAUGUGGGUUAUCACUUAUCUGAUUGAUCACGCGCAGUAUGACUGCGCAUGCAAUCUUUUCAAUAUCUACAUUCGACGGAAGCAGACGGAUAUAUUUUGGUGAUUUCAAAAAAUUCAGGAUUCAGAUUGUUUAGGUUUUUCUACUUCUUUUCCAAUACCGGAACUCAGGUGUUUUAGAUAAGAUGAACACAAGAGGGUCAAGGAAAAAGCGCAAAGCAGCUACAAAAACAACAACAUUAGAAACUACUACCCGACAAGAGGAAACACAGCUUCCAAUAGUAACAGAUCCAGUCCCUAACCAUCCCUCAACUUCAGGAGGAGUAGCAGUUGUGGACUCUACAUCAGUUUUUACAAAUCGACCAGGUAAUGCAAUUAGUGAAGAUCAUCUAAUGUUCAUGCAAACACCUACCUACUCGCCUAGCCUUGACGAUGACAUAACAUUACAUGUCAGUCAGAAUUUAAGACAAAAAAUUCAAAGGGGCGAGUAUGUCGAUUUGGCUCUUUUAUUGCAUAACUCAGUCAUUGAUAAUGACAAGCAAAAAGUCACUUAUGAGCAAGGGCAACUUGUCAUAAAUCCAGUUUUGCCCCAAACAAAGAUCACAAACAUCGAAACUUGGUCCGAUGCCUUUCUAAUUUUUAUGAGUAUAUAUUGUUCUGUGCAUCCCCAUAAAUUCCAAGAACUUGUAAAGUACAUGACUUCUAUUCGAAAAGGUGCCAGACGUCAUGGAGGUAUCGGUUGGAAAUACUAUGAUGAGCAGUACCGCUUGAAAAAAGCUCGAGACCCAAGUGGGUCGUGGGGUAAAUUAGAUUCGGAAUACUGGAUGUGGUAUAUGCAGUCCGCAUCGGUUCAACCGGAGGGCCAAGCCACAAAUCAUGCCUCAAACAAUCGUGCUUUUUACACAAACCAAACGGCUACUACACUAAGAUGUUACAGUUUUAAUUUCGACGGCAUAUGUAACAAGCAUUAUUGUAUCUACAAUCAUUCUUGCUUGCGUUGUGGUCUGCAUCAUCCAAUUAUAAGUUGUGUUAAGCAAAACCAGUUACAUGGGCAAGUGUCCAGUCAAACUAGGACUGAACCUAGAUUCAGUGGUCCAAGAUUCACUAGACCAAGGUCUAAUUUUCGUUCCCCAAGACCAAAUUAUCAACCUCAAAGACCAAAUGGACGCUUUAUGGGAAUUAGGCAGAACACCUAUUAAGGUUGAUUGUUUAGAAAAAUACUUAAAAUAUUACCCAGACUCAAACACUUCCUUAUUGUUAUUGGAUGGUUUUAUGAAUGGUUUUAGUCUUCAAUAUUCCGGUCCUCGAACUCCUUUUAUUUCAAAAAAUCUCAAAUCAGCUGAACUGCUUAAGACAGAAACGCAUUCGAAAUUAAAUAAAGAAAUUGCUUUAGGUAGAAUGUGUGGUCCUUUUAAAAUAAUGCCUAUAUCAACCUUGCGCACUUCACCAAUUGGAUUGGUCAAUAAAUCUGAUGGGAGUUUUAGGCUUAUAAUGCACUUGUCUUUUCCAAACGGUUGUAGUGUCAAUGACUUUGUCAAUCCCAAUGAAACAUCUGUAAAGUACACAUCCUUUGAUGAAGUAAUCGACAUGGUGUCAUCUCUCGGCAAGGGGGCCAGACUUGGGGUUCAGGACAUAAAGUCCGCUUUUCGUCUUUUGCCUAUUUCUCCAGGUGAUUUCGAUUUACUUGGAAUAUAUUUUGAUGGUAAUUUUUAUGUGGACAAAUCCCUUCCAUUCGGUUGUUCUAUUGCUUGCGCCUUGUUUGAAAAAUUCUCUACAUUCCUGCAUUGGUUGGUUGUUUCAUCUGCUGGUAAGCAUUCAGUUAAGCAUUAUUUAGAUGAUUUCAUAUUCGGCGGUUCUGCAAAUUCGGAUGACUGCUUGGUUUUAAUGAACACAUUUACUGAACUUUGUAAUGAGUUAGGCGUGCCUAUAGCCGAGGACAAAACAAUACAUCCUACUACAAGAUUAACUUUUCUUGGCUUAGAAAUAGACACAGUUGACAUGGUCGUUCGUAUUCCAGUGGCAAAGCUUAUUAAAUUACGUUCUCAACUUCAACCAAUGACAAUAAAGCGGAAGAUUAAAUUUAAGGAUUUCGAGUCGCUAGUUGGGUUAUUAGCUUUUUGUUCACGUGCUGUGCCAUCCUCUAGAGCAUUUUUACGGAGAUUUUAUGAUGUUAUUGCAUCAUUUAGGGUCAAGAAACCAUUUUUCUCAGUUCGAAUUACCUCUGAAAUUCGAGAGGACGUCAUGGUAUGGUUAGAAUUCUUAAAAUCUUUUAAUGGAGAUUCUUAUAUUAUUGGUCUGAAUUGGACAGAUAAUGAUAUUUUGCAACUAUUUACUGAUAGUGCAGGCAAUGCUGAACUUGGUUGUGGAUCUUACUUUAACGGAAAAUGGGUACAGUUCAAAUGGCCAGAUUCGUGGGUAGGAUUAAACAUUUUACAAGACAUAACAUUUUUGGAACUCGUUCCUAUACUUCUAGCACUCUGUAUAUGGGCUCCUCUUUUGAAAAAUAGUAAGAUUUUGUUUCGUACAGACAACAUCGCGUUGGUUGAUAUACUAAACAAGAGAACAUCAAAAUCAAAACGGGUAAUGUCAAUAAUUCGACCAUUCGUGUUGCGUACAAUGCAUUACAACAUUCAGUUCAAGGCAAAACAUAUUGUAGGUGCCAAAAAUAAUAUAGCUGACGC